GUUCAAUACCUUGUAACCAUUUUUAAAAAUGCCAGCUCAGUGAAGAUUAAAACUGUUCCAUUUUAUGUUUAACUAAUUCUUUCCCCCCGGAAUCUACAAAUGUCUGCUGGUCCCCAUUUCCUGUUGGCUUAACUUUAUCCAGAAUAUAAUAUCCUAAGAAUUAUUAACUUCGACGUUUCAAAGACUUUUGAUGAAGAAAGGAAGACGUAUGGAAUUAAAUUUGGUAAUGCAGAGUAGGAGGUACCGACACGUCGCAGCACGAGCGCACGUGCUUAUUGACUGGCGUAAAUUGAACGCUGUAUAGGAAUGCGCCGUUGAGUGGGGGAGCGGUUAUUGAGAGAGUGCAGAUCUUGGUUGGUCAGUUUGAAGACAAGAGACGUGCAUGACGGGAAGGAUGCGGUUUAUUUUUACGAUAACGAAGUAUCAACAGGGGAUAUUUUUUAUCGCGGAUUGCUAAGGGUGAUCAGGCUCCGGUUACCGGUACAUGCAGUAUAAGUUUCCUCUGUUGACUGCUUUAAUAACUUUGGGGUUAGAUAUAUGUAUCAGCUGUGAAUGGGUCUAAUAGGAUUAGGCCCCCGGGAAAUAGCCCCCUCUACAGGUGUCCGUGGCGAUAGCUUCUUAAAGACUUCACAGAAAUAGGAUUGCUUUUCUCAUUCUUGUACACUAAGCCAGUAAUGAAGAGCAUUUCUAUAUAUAUUUGAUUCUUGUGAUGUUUUAUAUAUGAGGAAUCGAUUGAUUGUUUCAGAUCGAAAAUAGCAUUUCAAAGGGUGGAAAGGAAAGCAAAUAUUUGGACCAUUUGAUGAGUAAAAACGUCUGAUGUAAAAUCGAUGCUUCAGCCUUAAUUGAUGAAAGUGUUAAAAGUAUUAACAGUUCUAAUUAGGAGAAAAAAGAGCAUUGAUAAUCCGAGCGGAGCAGUGAUGUGGACUUUCCCUCCCCCCGCCGUGAGAUGUGUGCGACCCACGGACAAGGAUGAGAUAUAAUGGUGUCCUUUGUGUUCUGUCUGUGGGCCCUCCUGACCACCGCCAUUGCUGUCGUCUGGUCCGUCAGUCUACUACAUCCGGUCUGGGUGCUACAUCCGGACAACGUCCACUCCUUUGGCUUACAGAAGUACUGUGUGAUGGACCUGAGGGGGACAACGGGGGGUUCCCGAGGGGAAGCCCUCCACAGGGCGUGUCUACCCUACGGUCGUGAACUCCGGAUCGGGAACAUUCCGUCCGACACCUGGCGGGCAGCCUUCCUGCUCUUCUCCAGUGGAACUCUUCUGUUCAUCGCCAGCGUCCUCAGUGGACUACUCUCAGUGGUCAUUCAGGGCAAGUGGGACAGAUAUGUUUCCAUGACGACAAAGUAUAUCCAAAUCACUGCAGUAUUGGUGGUUAUUUCUGCUCUCCUAACAUACCCCCUCGGGUUUAGCAGCCCCUUCUUCCGGUACUACUGCGGCGGCGCGGGCGUCUACAAUACGGGGCAGUGCAGUGUGGGAUGGAGCUACAUGCUGGCAAUAAUGGGCGUGGCCCUUUCAGUCUUCUGUCCAAUCUUGUGGAGUUUCCGGUGGAUAAAGCGGGAUGACGUUAUGGAUGAGGUCCUAGUUUGACCCCUCCCUUCCAAUAAUCACAAGGAAAACACAUUUUCAUCAUUCCAUUUUUCUUCAGAUUUACCAAAGACGUUUUAAACGAAUAUUGUUGUGAUGUGUAUUUAUUGUGACGGAACGUGUGUGAUUUUUUAAAUUUACAUACAUUGUAUGUGAUUCUGUGUGUUAACAUUUCAAGAUCCAAAUGUAUGAAUUUCCAGGAAAUUCAGUUGGAAGAAAGUUAAUUCUGCGUAUGGAGAUUAAACAAAACAACAUGUGCUUUUCCGAGAUAAUUUGUGUCUUGCUGUUUCUACAAAAAUGAAUUGGCUGAUAAAAAUCUCAGUCAAUUUCACAUGCUGUUUCAUGUCCAAAACAAAAUUAUACAAUUACAAAAGAGCGAAAU